GUCGUUCGCUCACUGCGGAUUGUUCGCUUCGUAGCGGCACUGCGUGCUUUGGUGUUAUCAGUGGUGGACACCACGCGGCAGCUGGUCUGGGCAUUGAUCCUAUUGCUGCUCGUUAUAUACAGCUUUGGCAUCCUCUUCACCGAUGCCGUGCUGGAGUACUUGUUCGCCGGUGCCAGCGAAGGUGAGGACACCACGGACCUGAUGAAAUAUUUUGGCACAGUGUUUUCAUCGUGCUCGACGCUUUUUCGGUCGAUCUUGGGCGGCACGGACUGGGACUCUGCUGUCGAUGCUCUGGUGCCCGUUGGCAUGGCGUGGGUGCUGCUGUUCCACAUCUACAUUGCUUUCUGCGGAUUUGCGGUGCUCAACGUCAUGACGGGUGUGUUCGUGAAUGCGAUUAAGACGAGGGAGAAAGAUCAUGAAACAUUGAUGCAGAAUGGUGUCCGCUUGAAGGAUCUGGUCGCUAAGCUGUGGAGCAAAAUCGAUGCGACAGGGCUUGGGCAGAUCACAAUCUCCGAGUUCGAGACCAUGUUCGAAGACGAGGCAAUGCAGGCCUUCUUCGAAGCGAUUGAGAUCAAGGCCGUAGAUGCUUGGACGCUUUUUGACAGCUUGGAUGUGGACGGGGACCACACCAUCAGCAUGGACGAGUUCAGUGAGAGAUGCCUGCAAUUGCACGGUGCAGCCCGCAGCGUGGACUUGUAUGCGCUGAAGAAGCAGAUGAAGAAUCUCCAAGGCUGGUUGCAGCUGCACGCAGAACUACGAAAAGUUUGA